UCCGCAGGAAUGUGGAAGGCGGCGGCCGCGGCGCUAGUGCCAAACUUUGGGGAAUGAUAGCGGACGCUCUAUGGGAGCCGCUGUUUGAGGGAAGUACCAGCGCUUGGACGGCCUGCGUUAGCGAUUUAUCGGUUUUCAGAAAGCCACCUGAGACUAGAGAGCUUGGAUUCGGGCAGUAUUUAAAAUAGAAAAUACGGCUUUCACACAACAUUUAAGCCAUGUCGGAGGACCUGAGUGCGCAACCCUGGUCCAUUAACAAGGAUGACUACGAACUACAGGAGGUCAUUGGAAGCGGAGCCACUGCAGUCGUCCAGGCCGCUUACUGCGUUCCCCGCAAGGAGAAGGUCGCCAUCAAACGCAUCAACCUGGAGAAAUGCCAGACCAGCAUGGACGAGCUCCUGAAAGAGAUUCAGGCCAUGAGCCAGUGCCACCACCCUAACAUCGUGUCCUACUACACUUCCUUCGUCGUGAAAGACGAGUUGUGGCUGGUGAUGAAGCUUCUCAGCGGCGGCUCUGUGCUGGACGUGAUCAAACACAUCAUCUCACGAGGAGAGCACAAAACCGGAGUGCUGGAUGAGCCCAGUAUAGCCACCAUACUGAAAGAAGUUUUACAAGGACUCGAGUACUUGCACAAAAAUGGGCAGAUUCACAGGGAUCUGAAGGCUGGAAACAUCCUGCUGGGGGAAGACGGCUCAGUUCAGAUCGCAGAUUUCGGCGUAAGUGCCUUCUUAUCCACCGGCGGCGACAUCACCAGGAAUAAAGUGCGCAAGACGUUUGUUGGGACGCCAUGCUGGAUGGCUCCUGAAGUCAUGGAGCAGGUGAAGGGUUAUGACUUUAAAGCCGAUAUUUGGAGUUUUGGGAUCACAGCCAUCGAAUUGGCCACCGGAGCGGCUCCCUACCACAAGUAUCCUCCUAUGAAAGUAUUGAUGCUGACCCUGCAGAACGAUCCUCCGUCCCUGGAGACGGGCAUCACAGAUAAAGAAAUGGUCAAGAAAUACGGUAAAUCCUUCAGGAAGAUGAUCUCGCUGUGUUUGCAGAAGGACCCAGAGAAAAGGCCAACAUCACUGGAGCUCUUAAAACACAAGUUCUUCCAGAAAGCGAAGAAUAAUGAAUUUCUACAAGAGAAGUUACUACAGAGGGCACCCACAAUAUCAGAAAGGUCGAAAAAGGUAAGGCGGGUUCCUGGCUCCAGUGGCAGGCUGCAUAAAACGGAAGAUGGCGAAUGGGAAUGGAGCGAUGAUGAGUUAGACGAGGAGAGUGAGGAAGGCAAAGCUGCCGUUGCUGCUUUACGGUCUCCAAGAGUAAAGGAGGGCACUCAGAACUCGGAGCAGCUUUUCCAGCCAGCCGAGCCCUUCGUCAGUCACCUCCAGACGGGUGUUCCUGCCCAACCCGAUUUACCUCAGUCUGGUGGGCAGGCCGUGCCGCCCUUACAGUGCCCGCCUGCUCCUGCUAACCCCGCCCAGGUUCCAGCGCCGGCCCCUGCCCCAGCUCCUGCCCCUGCCACUGCCAGCGAUUCCUCCAAAUCACCCAUCAGCCUGGUGUUAAGGUUGAGAAACCUGAAGAAGGAGCUCAACGACAUACGAUUUGAGUUUAUGCCUGGACGAGACACGGCAGACGGGGUAUCCCAGGAGCUGGUGUCGGCAGGUCUGGUAGAUGGGAGAGAUUUAGUUAUAGUUGCUGCUAAUUUGCAGAAGAUAGUCGAUGAGCCUCAAGCCAAUAAAAACGUCACUUUUAAGCUGGCAUCCGGCGUCGAAGGCUCUGAGAUUCCUGACGACGUCAAACUCAUGGGAUUUGCUCAGCUCAGUAUCAGUUAAAGUUUGCCUCCAUGCGUGGACCAUGACUUGCCUAAAAAUGUGAAAAGCAAACAACAAAAAAAAAAAACCCACAACAACACCACACCAAUAGAAUGACACAUUCAUCCCCUGCGCACCAUUUGAGAUACCACUUCUGCCAAAGAAAACCGUACCGUGUUGUGAGCCCAUAGGAUUUAACCGAAAACCUCCCAGCUGUGGAAGGCACUGGGGUGAAAGGAUGAGAUCAGAAUCUAUAGGAAACAGUCAACUAAAGUUUACAGUGUAUAUGUAGAAGGAUGUUUUCUUUUCUCUUUAUUUUUUCUUUUCUUUUCUCUAUCAUCAACCACGUUGGGUUCAUUUUAAUUUUUUCCUGUUUCCUCCUGUAAUAUACGUCCUGACAUUUGCACAAUCUGAAACUAACGCCCUAAAAUGUUGAUUAAUGUAAUCAUGGCCUUAUAUUCAAGAGCUACUGAAUGCAUGUUUAAGGAGAAAGUCCUAAUGAAUUGUGGAGAUUUCAUUUCCACACACAAUAAUAAAAACAAAACAGCUCGCACA